AAGCUAAGAAGCGUAUUUAUACAUACAUACACAAUAUAUACAUAUGCAAGCAUAUUUACACAAUCCUAUUCAGGCAACAUUUGCAUAAUGAAUCUACAUCACUACCUGGCUCAGCUACUACUGCCUUCCCUUUCCCCACCUCGGCUUAAAGGCACAGGAUAUUCCAAAUUCAUGGGUUCAGUGGGUGAGGGUCUUCCCUCGGAGGUGCGGUUUUCCCAUUUCAAUGCACCAAGUUCACUCUUAGGAUACAAUUUCACAAGUUAGUUAAAGCUCUCUAUCCCACAUCUCUCGAAGCUGGCUUAGGCCGCCACAUGACCUGCCCCUUCCCUUUAUCUUACAUCGCAUCUCUUAGGUCAGGUCGUUCUUCUUUUCGCAGAAAUUGUUCUCCCCGCAACUCGUGCCCCCGCCCGGGAGCCACGCAGGAGCCUGGGAGAGGGGCCGGGCGGCGGGGACAGCCGUGUCCCCAGGGCCCGGGGGAGCGGCCGCCCCACCCGUCGGGGCGGGCUCGGGCAGGCCAGGUGAGGCGGUCCCGGCCCUGCCUCUCCCUGCUGCCGCAGCCUCCUGCCCUCGCUCCCGGCCGGCGCGGCGCUGGGGGUGCCGGCGGCAUGGCGGAGUCCCAGGUGCUGCUGCUGGACGAGCUGCACGUCAACGAGAAGGUGACAGAGGCCCAGGCCCGCUUCUACUACAGCGAGGAGCAGCGCCGAGCCCUGGAGGCGCUGGUGACCCGCGGCGAGGCCGCGUACCGGGAGGCGCUGAGGAAGGAGCAGCUCCGCGAUUUCCUCUCCGGCCGGGAGCUGCAGGACCUGCGGGGCGGCUGGCGGGGCUACGACGACCCCCGGGAGGGCGGCAAGGUGGCGCGGGGGCCCGGCGGCGAGACCCUCUCGCUGGCCUACUGGCCCGAGUGCUCGGACACCGAGGUGCCCCCGCUGGACUUGGGCUGGACCGACAAGACGUUCUACCGCGGCAUCAGCCGGGUGUCCCUCUUCACGCACCCGCGCAAGGAGGAGAGCGCGCCGCACCUGAAGGAGGUGGUGCGGGAGAUGAUCCAGCAGGCGCAGAAGAUUAUUGCAGUGGUCAUGGAUGUAUUUACGGACCGGGACAUCUUCCGCGAUAUUGUCGAUGCAGCGUAUAAGCGCUGGAUCCCAGUCUAUAUCAUCCUAGAUGAGGAGGGUGUCAAGCUCUUCCUGGAAAUGUGCAGAUGCCUUGACCUCAGUGACUUGCAGAUCCGGAAUGUCCGCAUACGCUCUGUGACAGGGGUUGGGUUCUACAUGCCAUCAGGGAAGAUCAGAGGCACACUGGCAUCCCGAUUCCUGAUGGUGGAUGGUGAAAAGGUGGCCACUGGAUCAUACAGCUUCACAUGGACUUCAUCUCACAUUGACAGAAACAUCCUGCUCGUCUUGACAGGACAGCACGUGGAGAUGUUUGACAUUGAGUUUCGUGAGCUCUACGCCAUCUCAGAGGAAGUUAAUUUAUACAAGGAACUGGGUAUUGCUAACCCUUUCCUCCUUGGAAUUGGGAAGCCAGGCUUUCAUUCCUCUACCGUGGCUCGGAAGUUCAUUAACCCAAAGUAUGGUUUAGUAGCAGGGGCAACCCGUGGUGAUAUGAUGCUCUGGGCUUCACGGCACAGGCAAGACAAUCAGGGAAAUAUGGAAAAGGAGGAAACAAGCGAGUCAAAGAAACGGUUAAAUCGGUUCCUGAAUGACUUAGUCACAUUGGAGCAAGUGUUCCCAGAAAUAGAUCCACCUCUGGAGAACUUGAACAAGCUGAAUCGGAGCCCCCAGAAACUGUUGUCCCGGCUCCAUAUGGACCUGAAAAAUAAAUCCAAAUCCAGAGAGUCUAUUCGUGACAUAAAGAAGGAAGAUGCACAGAGCAAUGCAAAGCAAGGAAAGCGAUUUGCCAGUGGGCUUUUCAGUCGCAAGGCCAAGCGGUCUCCAGGCUCAAGCAUUGAGGCCAAUUCUUUUGCGAGUGAAGGACAUUCAGGAGAAGACCUUGGGAACAUGAAACUGGAAUAUGAAAGGCUCAGCAUUGGCCAUGCUAGUGUUCGGAGCACUGGAGGCAACUCAGGUAACCUGAAUCCAAACUCCACUAUGAGCGAUAAAAACAAACAGUCUACCUGUGUGUUAUCUUGAUUGGGAAGGAUUGUCUGGAGAACUAAAGACUGAAUCACAAGCUGGAACAUUAACUUCUUGAUUGAUUUUGAACCUACAGCCAUAUCCUCAUGCAGUGAUCUGUAAAGCCACUGCAGGUCCUGGAUGCAUCUGGCACCCCCGGCUAAAGCACAUUUACGGGGUGAUGAGCAGACUUUGGAUAGUCGGUCCCUUAAAUGAGGGUUAGUGAUGAAUGUAUUAGUCCAUAUGUUUAUGUGCACACAUAUUUUGUAUGUAAAAAUAACUGUGAUGACUGGUCUCAGAGCUCACUCUGUGCCCAGAGAAAUGCAGGAGAUUUUCUGACUUGUGCUGCUACUUUGGUCUGUCUAGCUUCAGACUUGGAAUCACUGUGUUGCAUUGUUUACUCUACCGCACUGCAAAAAUGUAUUGAUCUGACUGGCUGUAAGGCUGAAUCCAAUUGAAGUGGCAAAUUCUGGGUGAAAUAAGGAUGUUUACAGACAGUGGAGCAAUCCUUUGUCCAUAAGGAGUCUUCCUGUAGAUUCCUGUUGUCACUUGCCCAGGCAGAAAUGAGUGGUCUGGGAGAAGGGUUUAGCUAACAGCAGCCUACAGAGCAGUAGCGGAACUGUUUCAGGUCAUAAAUGUAGCAGUUGAACAAAGUGAUUUAGCAAGAAUGUGGCAAGGAGGGAAAAUGGAAUAUAGGGCAAUGUUUAACAUAUACUUGAGGGUCAGGAGAAAUGCCUGAUAAGGGGCCUGGGCAGGAUCUGGGAGCAAUAACACAGACUUCAGUGUCUGUGAUGAAAUCCUUGUUGUUGCUGAUUCAGCAAUACUUUUACCAUUAAUGGAAACUGAAUGAUUAAGGAGCACAUCUUUGAGGGUUGAAAGAGGAAGCAGAGGAGGCAUGCAAGCUUUUCAAAUGUCCUUUUUUUUUUUUUUUUUUAAAGUUAACCUUUCCAGAAUCUAAAUCAUGCUAAAAUUGAGAGGCUAUCUGAUCUGCUGUUCUGCCUCUGUAACAGAUGAUCACAGAAGCAUAAAAUACAAGGCUUGUAUAUACAGAGGUCUUUCUCUGACCCUGUUCCAGCAGUCUAUGGACUUUCUCAGCUUUCUGGCAGUUCCUUCUGGACCUGGUCUUAAUGAAUGCACUUAGUCCCUUUCUAAAAAUUCUUUUUUACUUUUGGCCUCCAAAGUGUUCUCUGGUAACAAACCCUAAAUUCAAUGCAUGUACAAAAAAGAACUGUUGUCAGGCUGUUUUAAUGGUUUCCUUGAUGAUUACCUCCUAGCUACUAUGGGAUCUGACUGGCAUUUCUGUCCUCUUGUUCAGUAUCCUUUUUCCAGUUCUGCUCACUAACAGAGUGGAUAAACAGAUUGUUUUUGCCUCUACAGUGGGCAGAUUGACAUUUCACUCUGCUUUCUUGCCAUUUAAAUUACAUAUCCUGCUGUCAUAAGUAAAUCCUCUUGUGAUACCUAAAAAAAUUAGAUCCUAGUUAUUAGAAGAGACCUGAAAACUAACAUGCCUACUUGCCAAAAAAUACUUAAACAUCAGAAAACCACUAAAGGUUUCGUUUUCUUGCUUUUUGUUUAGAGAAACCAUCUGGGUUUUUAGCUGCACAACAAAUUCACAGCAAAGGCAAAUGAUGCACUCCCAACACAGAAGCAGCUGAUCGAAAGACUCUUUCAGGUGCUGGUUUGUUACACUCAAACAGCUAUCUGUAAUUGAUGGUAAAAUGCAAUUGAUUGAUUCACUGAUUGAUUAAUUGCCUUUCCUUGAAGUACAUUUAAUUUGAAUAGCAAGCAGGUCCAUUUUACUCUAUUUACCCUGCAGAAUGUCUUGAGAUGCUAAAAUACGAGAAGUAUUGUGCCUUCUGUUAAACAUACUCAUCCUCAUUCCAUGGGUUAAAUGCUUGCUAGUCUAUAUAAUAUAUUCUAUAUAGCCUUCUGGGAAUGAGCUGUAGUUUUACAGCUGGGUCUGUCAGCUCAUAUUAUGAGCAGUGUUUCAUAAAAUUGUUCCUGGUUAUGAGAAAAAAAAAGAGGUGUUGGAAAUGACACCACCACUUGGAUGAAAAAGUGACUUGAUAGCUGAGUUAUCCUGUUGGCUUUGUGUGUGUAGCUCGUGUGCCUAAAGCUACUCACUGUGUUUGCAGGAUUCCUGAAAGUGAUUUGAUUUUGCCAUACUUUGGUUACCACUCUGCAGACAUUUGGGAGACUUUUUUUCUCUCCUUGUAUUUUUUUUUCACUUUGUUAGCAAAGAUCUGAUAGAAAUUUAUUAGGCUGGUGUUGUUCCACUCUUUGUUCUGAAAAGAACAGUGUCAUCUGGUACUUCCUUUUCCUCCCAGGCUUUUAAAAUAUUUAUUUUUAAAUUGUGCAAUAGGUUAAUUAACUAAUUAGCACCAUGUUGAUAUAUAUGGUCAGGUUUUCCAGGAAGUCCUUUAUCUCCUUGUUGCUUCAUCCUGGGUGACUUCACAAAUAGUCCAAGAGGCUGAUUUUGCUUAUCCCUUCUUUCCUUCUGCGCUUACGCAUUAGUGUGCUUUACUUUCUCUUCCCUAUGGUGGAUGUCAGAGCUCUUUUCUUUAACCUGUCAACUAACAGGAUGUCCUUUCCAGAGAAAGUCUCUCAUCUGCUUGUCUUCUUUCUUGCCACACCAGUUCCUGAAAGGUAAUGUUCACUUGUUUUCAGAUUCUUUCCAUGGAAGUCAGUCUCAUGCCUUGACUCCAGGGGCUAGUAGAAUUCCUUAGGCUUAUCACACACUGCUUAAUUACUUAAUUUGAGAGAACAAACUUGCUUUUUUGCAUGAUCUAAAUCUGCACCUUAAACUCAGCAUGACUCUGAGGACGCACACAGCCUUGUUGAUCCAGAGUGAAGGUUUCAGGCUCUGGUGGAACUAGUUCUUCCCUGAAGAUAAAAUCUGCUGAACUUGGGCUAUUUAGCUGCUCCUAUGGCAACAGAAGUGAGUCUGUGUGAGGUGACCACAUUUAUUUUGACUAGUUUUUGCUAACUGUGGUUCUUGAUGAGGGCUAGAAACCUGGGGCUGUGACCUGUAAAAUUAACUUCUCUUGCUCUCCAGAUAAAAUGUGGCUGAUGGUGCUGGGGUUCACAGGGGCAAAGAGCAGUGCUUAGGAAUUGUGUUGGAAGUCUGCUAGCAGAGGUUGAAGGAAGACUUCAAAUAAGCUGUCACUUGGUGCUUGUCCAAGAUGUCCUCUCUUGUAAUCAAGUCACCUACCUUCCGAGGGGGUGGGAAAGAUGGGAAUUGUUCUGUUGCUACUCAAAAGAGCCAGAUUAGCUCUCUUUGGCAUUUGUAUCCUGACCCUGUACAAUCCCAAGAGAACACCUGUCCUCUGGAUCCCUUUCCCUCUUUGGCUGGCCUGUGUGGAGCACCAUGGGGCCUACAGCUGUGGUCCUGGUUUUAGACAGAAGGUAUUGAAGCUGGGGCUCGUGGCUCUCUCUUUCUGGCCUGCAGUGGGGAGUGGUUCAGAAAGAGCCACUUGGCUGAAUGUGUGCCUUCUGCGUUUCUUUUGGUAUGUGUUUGUAUAUUUAAUGUAUAUGUGUCCAGGUAAUUAUGUGGGAGACCUUUUCUAAGUCAAACAAAUAAACUCUUUACUGUGUUACAUUUAGGUACUGUGUUCAUGGUAAAAAAUAAAUAUUUUAAUUUCUCUGCUACAGUUCCUGGAUUGGGGGCAUUUUUCUCAUUUAUUUGUCAAGAACCUGUACUGUCUGGAUUAGAGCAAGUUUCUGUGUAACUGGUGAACUUCUUUGGUCAAUGUUUGGUGGUAUUUGUUAAAAGAAAUGUGGGCAACUAAAUUCUCCACAAGUUCAGUGUUUUGUGGCUUUGAGUACCUUAUAAGAGUCUAAUUCAUUCCUGCUUUCUUGCUGCUGGAAUACGCUGCACUAGAUGUCCACUUUAGUUGCUUGGGAUGUUUUUGUUGUUGUUGUUUGUUUUUUGUUUUGUUUUGUUUUUUUAAAUUACUUUGCAGCUGAAAUGUAUCUUGCUGCAGCUAUAAAUGCAUCUGACAAAGUGUCACCUCGGUUUUCCUUUCCAUCUUUCUUAUAUAAUUUGUACCCAUCAGCAAUGACAUUUAAUUUAUGAAACUGAGUCCCUGUGCUACAUUUCAGUUUUACCUGGUACAAUGUAAUCCUUGACAUUUAAGUAACUCACAAGCUCUUGUUUCCCAUGCUCCCUUUGUUUGAGUGUACAAAAGCCCGAUUUAAAAUUCCUGACCAUGUUUCAGAAUAAAUCCAGCCUCUAUUUUACUUUUGGGCAUUAGGGCACAUAAAAAAGUAUUUGCAGUAAACAAAAUCUUCAUCUUUCAGUGUUUUAAAUCCAUGUAGCGAUUGCAUUUGUACUGUGUAAGAGGAGUCUCUCUAAUCCAAGCUUGUUUCACAGGGUAUCUCAGGGCUCUGCAGAUCCUGAGCUGCUUUCUUUAUAGCACCACCGUGACUUUCUGCCUUUUCUUUUUCUGUUUUGGGGAGGUUCUCCAAGAAUGAAAGAUAAGACUGUCCUUCCCCUCAUUUCUCUACUUUAAUAUAACACUCUUGUUUCUUGACACUCUUAUCUAUGCUCUUGCAAAACCGGGGAGCAGUCCAGGAUUGAAUGACUUUUUUGUGUAUCUAGAACUUGUGUCACCUGUCCUUAGCCUGCUGAAGAAAUGCAAAUUUGGAACUCCUCGUUAAUAAGCAAGGCUUAGGAAAAGCAGAGUCAGUGACUGUAGGAACCAACUUGGAAGAGAAACCUAUGGAUGUAGAUGA